UUCCCAUGGUAACUCACACCUCUCUGCCCCCUUAGCCAGCGCUGAGAACAGUGCCAACCAUCAGCAAUUUGGAAGGGGGCACCCAGGACCACCUUAGCAACGGUUCACCAGGGAGACGGUGGGACACGCCCCCCACAACUGAUUGGCUGCGCCCAGUCUCUCUGCAUCGUAGAUUGGCUGGAGAAUCAGUACAGGGCCAGGACUUGGCAAUCGCUGCCCGAAAAUUCGUUGUUCCAUAACCUAGAUGUGAGACCUUGUGAUACUACGAGGACGAGAUGAUCAGCCCAAACCCAAGCCAGUCCUUAGGAGUUAAGGUACAGUACAAACUGGGACAGCUCUCGGAACCACAAGGGGAACUGGAGAAAGAUCUUGGCUCAUUGGUGAGAUCGUCCACGAAGACAGAAACAAAUGUGUGGACCGAGUUGGCAACAGCAGCCUCUGCCUCUGUGGAAGCAGAUGAAGAUCCUGAAAUCAACUUGUUUCCGCCUCCACUGCCCCAGCCUCGGAUCUGCAUGUGGAAAUACCUGGACCUCCAUUCCAUGCACCAGCUGGAGAAGACAGCCAGUGUUGAGGAAAUGAGAGAGGUGUUGGCUGAGCUGAUGGAGAUUGACUGGCCUGAGCAGAGCUUGCGGGAUGCCAUCACCCUGGACCUCUUCUCCCAUGCCCUCAUCUUCUGCCACCAGCAAGGUUUCUCACUGGAGCAGACAUCAGUGGCAUGUGCUCUGCUCCAGGAUCUUCACAAGGCCUGUGUUGCAACCCCACUGGGCAACGUGGAGGAAUGCUACCGCUACUUUACCACUGCUCUCUUCAGCCAUGGAGUCAGGGUCAGUACCCUGCAAUGGACUUCUCACCCUUCUCUAGACAAGCGGCCACCCUUCAGCAUCGACCUCUUUAAGGAAGAACAGCUGCUGGCCCUGGCAGACUAUAUUGUCAACACCUACUUCCGUCACUUCAAGCUCUACAAAUAUGCGUUCACACCACAGGUGCGGCUGGAUUUGUCUUUGACUUACAUGGGGCUACAGCCACCCAAGCCUUGGCCAGAGGGUAGGACAGAGAAAGAAGGCCAGGAAACAGAGGAGCCGGCAGCCACCCAACAGGAAGAAGAACCGGGAACAGUGGCCCAACCAGUGCAAGAGCCAAGCCAGUUGUGUAUCCUCCAAACCUACAUCAAGACUCAGGUGCACAAGGAGCUAAGGCAGCUCCAGCAGCUAGUGGAAAAGCAGCUCAAGGCCAGUGAGGAAAGGCUCAGCAGCAAGUUGACUGCUCUGGAGUGGCCCUCCCAGGUACCAACCAGCAAGGGCAAGAACAAGAUGAAGUGAUCCCCAGCAGUUUCCCCAAUAAAGGCAGGGGCCAGAGCACAC